AUGUCCUCUCCACCACUAGCCGCACAACGCGAGCGGCGCUCCAAUGCCGGAAACCGAAUGCGCGCCCUUUUGGAUGUUGAGUUUGAGGCGGAAGAGAUGUUCGCCGAGGAGGAGGGUGACAUUGAGUUCGUUGGGGAUCAAGUCGAGGAGGAAGAUGUCUUCGAGUCGGACUUUGCGAGCACAGAAGAAGAACAGGAUGAGGAUGAAGACACGCAGGAGAAAGCAAUAUUACGAGAAGAGAAAGCCCACCGAGCGGCUGUGCGAAAGAAGGUGGAACGAACAACGACGACCUCCCUUUUCACCAAAAAGCCCCCCGCGAAACCGGUCGAACCACGCCCAAAACUGCCAAAGCACGUUUCCAUUGCUCUACCUCCAGAAGCUGCUCUUCCGGGUGAUAAUGUGAAAGGGCUUCCUUUUCGGAGGCGACAGAGCUCGCGAGCUAGCGCACAAACGGCGAAGCUCAACUUGGAGAGAAAGCUGAAAGAGGAUGCUGCUCGCCGGGCGUCCCUAAUGCACAAACCCAAGCGCCCCACUGUUCCACGCAAAACUCAAGACCAGCUCAUUGCAGACGCCCUUGAGCUGGAAGAGCGCAACGUCCAGUCUCUCAAAGACUUCUUAGCCAGAGAGGAGGAGAAGAAGCGGGUAGCGAGAGUUGUGAGGAAGACGGUGCAUGAGGGUGGUGUACUGAGUUUCGUGAGUCGGGCAGAGGAGAUCAAAGUGCCGCUGGUGCAGGUAAUCGAACCCGGAACGACGCAUCUUUGGGAAGCGCACACAUUGGCCGUGACAAAUUCUGCCCAAAAUGAGACGGAGGAUCUCGCUCAAGGCAGCAAGCCGGCUGAAGACACACGUCCCAUUCUUGAAUCUGUGUCGCCCGCUCAAAGGAUGUCGAUUGCCGAUGAAUCCGAAGCAAAACAAAGUGGGGAACAAGAAAGGGUGUCAGUGGGCGUGGCCAUAGAGGCAUCCCCACAGGCAACGGCAGCGACAAAUGGUACCAUAGAUGUUCAGCACGAAGAUGCAACUGCAAAUUCCACUGAAGCUCCACAAGCUGAGGUCGGAGAGGCGAACCAACAGGAGUUGUCUUUGGGAGUGCCCGCUGCUGCCAUACCUCAGGAAGAAAUUCACCCUGUCCCGUUCGGUGGUCCCGAAGGCGUACCCAACACCGAUACAUCCCUUCCAGCUACUGGCCCGUCUGCGCCGGCGCAAUCACAAGGACCACUGACGGAAGACAUGCACCUCCAAAUGCGAAACCUCAUUGCUCUCAAAGACCUUAUACCCCAGGAACUGAUUUCGGACGACGAAGGGGAGAGCGACACUCAGGCCAAGUCGAAGGCGAAAGUACCAUGGACAUGGGUUGAGGAGAUGGGAGCACUGUUUGGAGAUCACGUGGAUUGGGGAAACCUCAGAGUUGUACCAGCUCGCAAUCGGCCGAUUUACCGCAGGCCGCCCAUGUGUCCAAUGACAGGUCUCCCUGCACCCUAUCGCGAUCCCUCCACCGGAAUCCCCUACGCGAACGCCAAAGCAUACCGUGUAUUGCGACGGCUGACGCAACAUGAAUAUGCGUGGGGCGACGGAAGAGGCGUGUAUUUUGGGGAUGAGAAGGAGGAAGGCGCGAAGGGAGUUCCAGAGGCUUGGAACAGCUUUGUUAGGGGUGUGAUGCCUCGGCAGAAGAUACCUGACACCAGGAAGGAGGAAGACGUGGAGAUGAAUGAUGCUGCCGCGGUAAUAUGA